CCACCACAUGCUUCUCGCGGGUUCGGGGCUACACAGUAGAUUGAUUGUCAGCAUUCGCGAUGGCUUCUCUUCUGCCGGGAGAGCUGAAACUUGAACUCUUCUACGUCUUGCACUUUAGAACAUGAACCUCAGCCGAAAACUGCUUUCUAUAGCAACCUUUGGCAUCGUACCACGAACAGCUGUAGCAUCUGCAGAGAAUACAACCUUCAAUCCCCUCGCAGGCAUCCAGCAAUUCCCCAUAUCCUCUUAUAGCGGCAACAUGACGCGCAUUGCACCCGUGCUCUCCAUCUCUCAUGGCGGCGGUCCUAUGCCCGUCCUCGGCGACCCUUCACACGCCGAGAUUACAAAGUCGCUACAGACCAAGGUUCCUGAGAUCCUUAAGCUCGGUACGCCAGAUGCGCCGAAGGCUAUUGUGUUAGUUACGGCACACUGGUCGACGAACAAGGUGCACAUCUCAAGUGGUGCAAGACACGAGCUCUUGUAUGAUUACUAUGGGUUCCCAGACGAAGCGUACAAGCUCAAGCACAAUGCGCCCGGAAGCCCAGAGGUCGCAGGCGAGGUACACAGGGUGCUGAAAGAAGCGGGCAUCGACAGCGUGCAAGACUCGGAGCGUGAAUGGGACCACGGCGUCUUCAUCCCCAUGAUGCUCAUCGACCCCAAAGCCACCGUGCCAAUCGUCCAAGUCAGCGUCCUCGCGUCCGAAUCACCAUCGCAGUCCUUCGCAAUUGGGCGCGCCUUAUCCUCUCUGCGCGCGCAGAACAUUGCAAUCAUCGGCUCAGGAUUCGCUACCUUCCACAACCUGCGCCUCAUGUUCUCUGGCGCAUCGUCUAAGCCCGACUUCAAGCAGGCGAACAUCGAGUGGAGCAAUGCGGUGAGCGACGCUGCUACAACAGACGACGUGAAGGAGAGGGAGAAGAAGUUUGACGGCUGGAGGAACUGGCCAAGCUCGUAUACCAUGCAUCCCAGAGGUGGCGCCGAGCACUUCCUGCCCCUCAUUGUGUGUGCGGGUGCGGGUGGAGAGGUCAAGGGUAAGAAGUAUGCAGACGACUUUCGGGGCAUUGAUAUGUGGAGUUACUACUGGGACAGCGACGCGCAGAGUGAGAAGUUGUAGCAGAAGCUGGACAGUGAUCUAUUGCACUGAAAACGGUCUAAGGUAUCUCGGAAGAAUCAAAUGAACUACAUGCUAGCCUUAGG